AUGGCUACGCUUUCCGUGCCGUCCCCUGACAUGUCCCCGGCCUCAUUGGGCAACACUGUUCACAGACCACUAUCCACACAUGGCCUGCCAAAGCCGCCGCGGACCAUGUCACCGGAACGACCACAUCGUUUUUCAGCAAAGAGUUUCCCUCCUCCCACCCUCGCUCACACUCCUAUGACACCAGACAUGUCAGGUCCAAUGUCUCCACCACCAAUGUCGGCCAAGUCCUUUGGCACCUUUAUCGAUUCAGAACCAUCGACCCCAGCCUAUUCACCGAGGAUCGGCACUGAAUGGAACAACUCUUCAGUACUCCUUGUUCGGCCCACAUCUUCGUCUUCCGAGCCCGCCAGUCCUGGAGAGCCGGUAUGGCGCAUGCUCAAACCAUUGCCAGUCAAGGCACCACCCAAGCCGAAGCAAAAGCCCACCUCUGUUGUAUCUCAGUCAAUGGCAUCAGCCGUCGGUACCAAGGAGGUUUCCUCCAACAUGUCUCUAUACUCACAUCACACCAAAGAGGCGAGGCACAUCAGCCGGCCGACCGAGUUCAAAUUAGCAGAUCUGUCUCAACAAAACUACCCUCCAAAGUGCGAAGAUAUCGAACUGAGUGCAGACGAGAAGCCAGGUGAACAAAACGGCGGCACCCCCACAUCAGCGGCCUUUGGGAGGCUAGCUUCCAAGAUGAAGUUGAUGCUCCGACGAAAGAACAAUGAUACGAAAAAGAAAGAGAAGAAGCAAAGGCACUACGAAGAGGUGGACCGCAUUGAAGAUAAGCACUGGACCGAGAUUACACUGCAAAAUGUCCAGACAGAUCGCCAGCAAAUACCACAUCCAUCCAACACCCUCCUUCAAUCACGGUUCCCCACAAAGACCGUCAUCGCUCUCGUUCUCAUCGGCGGCCUGGCAUACUACCUCGUCGACAUAGUCGAUCCCUCCUGGACAGAUGAUGUGUACGCGGCAUUUUCCUCGGGCGACGACUCGAGUUCACUAACGACACCGCUGCAUUUCUACCGCAACCGCACCGAAGUUCAACACACACUUGACUACCACAUCCCGGAUGCCAGCGCGCCGCUCAAAGAUCCCACCGUAGCAAAGUUCCUGUCUGAUCAAUUCGAAAAACUAUGUUUCGGAUGGAUGAUGACCGAAGACGAUGCGCGCAAGGGCGUCGAAGGCAUGGAGGACGUCCAGAUGCCUAUUACCCACGGCUGCAGGUUCCGAAGCAACGAGCCGUGUGAAGAUUUCUUCGCGCUGGGAACGAGUCCCGGACCUGGAGAGAAGCCAUGGAAUUACUGGACUGUACUCGAUGGACACGCAGGACGCCACACGGCCUUUUAUCUACAGUGGUCUUUGAUCCCCAUGGUGUCGUCUGCUCUCUGUGCCCUACCGCGCACAGCAUCUAGCCCAGAGAUUGAAAACACAAUCAAAAACGCCUUCCUAUCAGCCGAUCGAUCGAUCAUGGACCGCGCAAAAACAGCAGCAAACUGGUACCCCGCCGCAAACGCAGCCGCAAUCGCCGCCCUCACCCCCGCCUUCUCAGGCUCCUGCGCUUUGCUAGCCGCCUUCGACGCAUCCACUUCGACCCUCCGCGUAGCCUGCACCGGCGACUCGCGCGCCGUCCUCGGCCGCUGGGACCCCUCCACCUCCUCCUACACAGCCAUCCCCCUUUCCGUAGACCAAACUGGCUUCAACGCCGCAGAAGUAGAACGGUUAACCCGCGAGCACCCGGACGAACCCUCCAUCAUCGACCCGAAAACCGGGCGCCUCAUGGGCAUAGCAGUGACGCGUGCAUUUGGCGACCACCGCUGGAAAUGGGACAACGACCUCAUCAAAGCAUGCCAACACAAGUUCUGGGGCACCGCCCCGCGACCAGGCUCAAAGACCCCUCCGUACAUGACUGCCGAACCCGAAGUCACCGAAACGCAAAUCGUACGCUGCGAACCAGACGACUACAAGUCAUCUUCUCCAGCCACCACAAAGGGAAAAUCCGACUUCCUCAUCCUCGCCUCCAACGGCCUCUGGGACAGAAUCUCCUCGGACCACGCCGUCGAAUGCGUUCAGCGCUACCUCGAAGCCCGCGCCCGCGGCAAAGGCUCAGUCGCUUCUGACCCCCACUUGAAAGCUAACCCCCCCAACUUCUCCUCCAUCUCUACGCUCUCCGCUCAAAACCCCUUUUCGCCCUUCCACCCCACAACAGGAGCAAUGCAGCAGCAACAGCAGUCUUCUGGAGGCGGAUCCCUCGAACCGGGCGUAACGUGCGACCCCGAGCAAGGUCAGGAUGUAGAUUGGAAAGCUACACCCGAGUAUUUUGCAAUCGAGGAUGAAAACGCGGCGGUUUGCCUAGCGAGGAAUGCAAUGGGUGGCACGCGGCGAGCACUUUUUCUAGGCAUACUAGCGGGGCCGGAGCCGUUGAGUCGGAAUGCGGUGGAUGAUACGACGAUUAUGGUUGUGUUUUUUGAUCGCUUGGGGGAAAAGGGGAAGGAGGGUGCUGUGAAGGGUGUGGAUGAGGCGGGGGAGAAGAAGAAGAAGAGGUGGUGGUGGCCUUUGUGA